AUGGCCCACUUCAAAUGGCGGCCAUCACUCGCAGGCAGCGCUGAGCGUUGAGCUUGCAUGUGGUACUCAACAUGCAACGAAUACGUGUCCCACGAAAAGCUGCAGCUUAUCUUUAUAUGUAUCAAGUCGAAGGAGGUGUUGGAACGAUUUUUUUGCGGCACAGAAAUUGGAAACGGUUACCCCGUGCUACCCCGUGGGCGUUGACACGGAUGGACCAUCUAGUUGUCUCGUUCCAAUGACGGCAUGACACCUAUGUUUUUCAACGCCCUCGCACGCAUCACCUAAAUACUGGAAAUCACCGGGCCGGCUCUCAAUUCAAAAGACAAUCGUAGGGCUCAAUUAAUGACUCUGGUAUUCCCCAUUCCAUUGAAUACCCGUUGGCGUCACGGAAUAUCCUCAUGUUGGGCCAAAAAGUCUGGUUGAUUACUGGGACAUCAUCUGGCUUUGGUCGUCGUCUUGUGGGCCUUGCGCUUGCAAGAGGGGAUCGUGUUAUUGCGACGGCUCGUACAUUGAGCAAAAUCGAGGAUUUCCCCAAGCACCCAGACCUUCAUCUCAUGAAGCUCGAUGUAAAUGCUAGCACAGAGGAAAUCAAAGCGCGAAUAGAUCAUGCUGCUCGUGUAUGGCAUGGUAUCGAUGUCUUGGUGAAUAAUGCAGGCAACGGACUGCCUGCGCUUCUCGAAGAGGGAGGCGCCUCGCACAUGCUCCGCCAGUUUCAAACAAAUCUUUUCGGGACGUUCAAUGUUUGCAAUGCAGCACUCCCCCACAUGAGAAAGAAACGCAAUGGCACAGUUGUGGUCAUCGGCAGUAGGAGUGCAUGGAGGCCGGAAAUCAGAGGUCUUGGAUUUUAUGCUUCGAGCAAAGCCGCUGUACAUGCCAUGAGUGAAACACUGGCGCUUGAGCUGAAGCCAUUCAACAUCCGGGUGUUGCUCGUGGAGCCAGGGGCGUUCCGUACCGAGAACAUCUACAGUCACCAGUGGGACUGCUCCAAUCCUAUCCCGGAUUAUGACGAGCAACGUGCUGACGGAAGCGUGAACUUCUCCAAGCCUGCUGGGAGACAACCAGGCGACCCGGACAAAGCUAUGAGCAUCGUUGUAGAUGUGGUGAAAGGAGAGGGCUGUGCCGCAGGCCGAGAAUGGCCUCUGUAUCUUGUGCUAGGCAGGGACGCGGAGGCCGACAUUAGAUAUAAGUGCGCCAAGGUUCUAAAACACCUUGACGACUGGAAUGACGUUGUCAGAGGGGUUGAUAUAGCAUGACUUGGGCACGAUUUCGGACUUCCCGGAGCAUUUAGAAUCCUAGAUUUUGAUUUCAAAAAAAUCGGAGUGUCGCCUUCGCACUUCGCCACAAUUUGGAAACGCUUUCCAAACCGCAGGUUUAUAGUACUGUAACUUAAAAUUGUGAGGUGUGGAUGGUAAGCGUC